AUGAACGAAGCAAGCGUUCAAUAAAGUGGUCUGGCUUGAUGACGUCAUAUUCACGCGACACGCACGAUUUGAAUAUGGCAACAGUGCAAGUUAGCGAAGCUGAAAAAGUGUACAUUUUACAUGGCAUAAGGGAUGAUCUACGAGUGGAUGGAAGGGGUUGUGAAGACUAUCGACACAUGGAGGUUGAGACUGACUUGGUGUCCAAUACCGACGGAUCAGCGAAAGUUUCUCUGGGGCACACAGCAGUUCUAGUGGGAAUUAAGGCUGAAAUUGGGAAACCGAGGCCCAUGGCUCCAGAUGAAGGCUAUUUAGAGUUCUUUGUCGAUUGUUCAGCCAACGCCACCCCCGAGUUUGAGGGGCGAGGAGGGGAGGAGCUCGGGACGGAGCUCAGCAAUACGCUGUACAAAGUCUUCAACAACAGGCACAGCGUGGACUUGAAGAGGCUGUGUAUCAGCAAGGGAGAGCACUGCUGGGUGCUCUAUGUGGAUGUAUUGCUCCUGCAAUGUGAUGGAAACCUGUAUGAUGCCAUCUCAGUAGCUAUCAAGGCAGCUCUCUUCAGCACAAAAAUCCCCAAAGUGCACAUAUCAGCCGAUGAAGAAGGAGGUAAGGAAAUCGAGCUGUCAGAUGACCCUUACGACUGUAUGAGGCUCGACGUGGAGAACGUUCCCUGCAUAGUGACAUUGUGCAAGGUGGGCCACAGGCACGUGGUGGACGCCACCCUGCAGGAGAAGGCGUGCUCCGUAGCCAGCCUCAUCAUCUCUGUCACACACAAGGGAGCCGUCACCUGCGUGCGGAAGGUGGGGGGAGGCAGCCUGGACCCUGAGAGCAUCUUUGAAAUGACAGAAACAGGUAAACGUGUCGGCAAAGCCCUUCACGUACCGCUCAUGAAGCUUCUGCAGCAGGAGGAGAGUUUAGGAACAAUGAGACAGAAAGUGGGAUUUCUUGGUUAGCGAUGUCAUUGUUUUAUACAAAACAGUAGUACUAUGUAUAUACAGUGUCAUCUUGUAUAAUUUUCUAGUAAAAAUAAACUUCCAAUUUGUACA